CUCCAGCCAGAGCAACCCAGAGAGCCUCUGAUCCCAGCACAGCCUUGGACUUAUUUCAAGGGAAAUUAACCUGGAAACCUCUCCACAAGGCCGUGGUCCCGAGCAUAUGCCCCUGGAAAAGCUAGGGAUGAGCACCUCCCUGAGCUAUAAGUCCUUCUCCAAAGAGCAACAAACUAUGGACAACCUGGAGAAACAGCUGAUCUGCCCCAUCUGCUUGGAGAUGUUCACCAAGCCCGUAGUCAUCCUGCCCUGCCAGCACAACCUCUGUCGGAAAUGCGCCAGUGACAUCUUCCAGGCCUCCAACCCCUACCUGCCGACCAGGGGAGGUACAACUGUGGCGUCGGGAGGCCGUUUCCGCUGUCCCUCCUGCAGGCAUGAGGUGGUCCUGGACCGACAUGGUGUCUAUGGGCUGCAGAGGAACCUGCUGGUGGAGAACAUCAUCGACAUCUACAAGCAGGAGUCCACAAGACCUGAAAGGAAAUGUGACCAGCCAAUGUGUGAAGAGCACGAAGAUGAGAGAAUUAAUAUCUAUUGUUUGAACUGUGAAAUGCCCACCUGCUCCUUGUGCAAAGUCUUUGGUGCCCACAAAGACUGUCAAGUUGCUCCUCUCACAAAUGUUUACCAGCAGCAGAAGUCUGAGCUGAGUGAUGGCAUUGCAGUCCUGGUGGGGAGCAAUGACAGAGUGCAAGGAAUAGUCACACAGCUGGAGGAGACCUGCAAGACAGUUGAGGAAUGCUGCAGACGACAAAAAGAACAGUUAUGUGAAAAAUUUGAUUAUCUCUACUCUGUAUUGGAAGAAAGGAAAAAUGAGAUGACACAAAUAAUCACUAGAACCCAAGAGGAGAAACUGGAACACGUCCGCUCCCUGAUGAAGAAGUAUGCAGAUCAUUUGGAAGCUGUGUCAAAACUGGUUGAAUCAGGAAUCCAGUUCAUGGAAGAACCAGAAAUGGCCGUGUUUUUGCAGAAUGCCAAAACAUUGCUACAAAAAAUUACUGAAGCUUCUAAAGGAUUUCAAAUGGAAAAAAUAGAGGAUGGGUAUGAAAUUAUGAACCAAUUCACAGUGAACCUCAGUAGAGAAGAAAAGAUAAUACGAGAAAUUGAUUUUGACAGAGAGGAGGAGAGAGAAGAAGAGGAGGGCACAGAGGAUGGUGAAGGUUUGGAUGAAGUCCACACAGAGUCAUCUGGAGAGGAGGGAGAGGAGGAAGAGGUGGAGGAGGAAGAGGCUGAGAGAGCAUCACAGACACCUCAGCAAGACCCUAAACUGCAGAGUGCAGCAGGAGAGCCCCUGGCUGAACCCACUCCAGUGUCACUACCUGCUACCCCAGCUGGUCAGGAUGUGGUUGUGACACCAGGUGGUUCUCAGCAGACCCCAGAAUCUGAUACUCAAAUGCCAGCCACAGCAGAAACCACGGAUCCCUUGUUUUACCCUAGCUGGUAUAAGUCUCAGUCACGGCAACCAAGCAGUCCAAGCUCAACCCCGGUGAGUGGGCUGGGGAAAGUAGGGAGUCCUGUUUCUCUGGAAACAAGUGCAAAGAAGUCAGAAGCCCCAACAACAGCAACAAAAGAGGAGAGUGCACCAGGGAGUAGUAAGGAAAGUAAUGCCACUGCAGCAACAUCCAAGACUGGUUCUGAACCAUACGAUCAAGGACGAGUGGAGGAAGCGCCUGUGAGCAGUGAGAGGGGUGACGAGCCGGCUCGUCAUGUUUUCUCCUUCUCCUGGUUGAACUCACUGAAUGAAUGAUGACUCACUCUGGCUGGCUUCUGGUGUGCUUCUCCUGGGAGGGACCGUGAGCACAGGCAGUCUGGCUGCAGUCAGCGAAGAAACUGACCUGGAAAGGGGCAUCCGAGCAGGUUUCAUUCCCAGGAACUCAGUUGGCCUCCACAUCAUACCCUUGAGAUGACAGAUCUGAGAGGGAUGGGAGCAUGGGGACAAAUUACUAUACUAUAUUGUAGUCAAAGUGUUUUCCAAUAAUUUUUUACUUGCAAGGGGAAAGUAGCAUCACUACAGCUUUAUGCUGAGCACUGCUAGUGUGUUUUGUUACUCACCUUUUGGCACAUCCCCUCAUAGGGGUAAGCGCUUCAUCAGUGUUGUUAGCUAAAAUGCUGGUCUGAUAUUCACUAAUAGCACCCUUUGCCAAA